UCUUGGUCAAUAUUGCAUCACCACUCGCACAAUCUUAUUAUUAAUUAGCCAUGGACACCAAGCACAUCGCCAAGAAGACAGCCUGUGUGGUCGGCGGUAGUGGAUACGUGGCCUCUUUGCUCGUCAAGCUUCUUCUUCAGAAGGGCUAUGCUGUCAAUACCACUGUCAGAGACCCUGAUAAUCAGAAAAAGACAGUACACCUGUUGCAACUCAAAACUUUGGGCAACCUAAAGAUUUUUGGUGCUGAUCUAACUGAGGAGGGGAGCUUUGAUGCCCCUAUAGCAGGCUGUGACCUUGUCUUCCACGUUGCAACACCUGUUAACUUUGCCUCCCAAGACCCAGAGAAUGACAUGAUCAAGCCAGCAAUCCAAGGAGUACUGAACGUUCUUAAGUCUUGUGUGAAAGCGAAAACAGUUAAACGUGUUGUCUUGACAUCGUCUGCUGCUGCUGUUUCGAUCAACACACUGAGUGGAACAGGUUUGGUGAUGAACGAAGAGAAUUGGAGUGACACUGAGUUCUUAUCUAAUGAGAAGCCACCCACUUGGGGCUAUCCUUUGUCAAAGACUCUAGCUGAGAAAACAGCUUGGAAAUUUGCUAAAGAAAAUAACAUUGAUCUCAUCACUGUGAUCCCUUCUCUUAUGACUGGUCCUUCACUCACUCCAGAUAUCCCCAGCAGUGUUGGCCUAGCAACAGCUUUGAUCACAGGCAAUGACUUCCUCAUAAAUGCCAUGAAAGGUAUGCAAAUGCUAUCAGGAUCUAUAUCGAUUUCGCAUGUGGAAGACGUCUGCCGAGCUCAUGUCUUUUUGGCCGAGAAAGAAUCUGCUUCCGGUCGAUACAUUUGUUGUGCUGUCAACACCAGUGUUACAGAGCUUGCUAAGUUCCUUAGCACAAAAUACCCUCAAUGCAAAGUCCCCACUGAUUUUGGAGAGUUUCCUUCCAAGGCCAAGUUGAUAAUAUCAUCAGAGAAGCUUACUAAGGAGGGAUUCAGUUUCAAGUAUGGGAUUGAAGAAAUAUAUGAGCAGAGUCUGGAUUAUUUGAAGACCAAAGGGAUGCUUAAGCUCUAAUCAAGCUAUGUCACAAUAAUGGGUGAUCGAUGAUCAUGUCAAAUGGAUCUUUCAUGUUGUAACAGCUUUUAUAUUACCAUUCUCUUUGAUGGGGUGUACGCAGAUCCAUUGUAUAAUAAAGGGUUUUAAUUUGAAUUUGAUGCUUUUAUGAAAGUAUCAAAUGUAA